CCUGUAAUCUGGGACCUUACCACGCUGCUUCCACUAAUAAAACUUUGCUAAUCAGCAGAUAAGAUAUGCAUUCGCUUCGAAACCAUUAGCCUACUAAGCAUGUCGUCUCCAACAAAUCGAGGUUUGCUUCUUCCCUUCACGCCAUAGAUAGAUGGUAGAGCCUACUCUGCUCACCAAGUAUGAUGUCUCUUCGUACGUACAGAUCUCUAAUUCCGGGAGUCCCAGUUUCUCCACUUCCGACGAGAAUCUCUGCUACUCUUAAUAGCUCCAGUUCCAGAUGCUCGCGGCGGCGGCCCGUCAAUGGCUGCUCUAACCACCCAGUUUCGCGCCAAAUAGUCACUGAGGAACUGUCGAUUUCAAAGUACAAUCGUUGGAUUCGCUAUCGCUGCAGAACAGGCGGAAUCGACGAAGCUAUGUCUCUCCUGGCCGAAUUGGAUUCGCUCGGCUCCCAUCCGGAUCCUCGUUCCUACGUUACUUUGAUCGAAACUCUCUCUGCUCUCGGGAGGACUCUCGAAGCUGAUGCUCUUUUCCAAGAAGUGAUUCGAUCCGGUCUCCACGGAAGCUACCCCCUGAGGUUUUACAACGCCUUGCUCGGCGGCUACUUGAGAAAAGGCCAGCUAGAGUUAGCUCUUAGGGUUUUGGAUCAUAUGGAACUUGAAAACGUUGAGAAGAAUCAAGAAACGUGUGAGAUUCUCUUGAACUAUUUCGUUGGCGCUGGGAGAUUGGAGGAAUCGUGGCGUGUGGUUAAUGAGAUGAAGAAGAGAGAGUUUCCUUUGACUUCUUUCGUCUAUGGGAAGAUCAUACGUAUUUACAGAGACAAUGGUAUGUGGAAGAAAGCGCUAGGGAUUGUAGAGGAGAUUAGCGAGAUUGGUUUGCCGAUGGAUGUUGAGAUAUACAACAGCAUCAUCGAUACGUUUGGUAAGUACGGAGAGUUAGAUGAAGCGUUACAGGUCUUGCGGAAAAUGCAGAGGUCUAGUGAUUUGAAGCCGAAUAUUAGUACUUGGAACUCGCUUAUACGGUGGCAUUGUCAUCACGGUGCGGUUGAUAAGGCGCUUGAGCUGUUCACGAUGAUGCAGGAUCAGGGGCUUUAUCCUGACCCUAGGAUGUUUGUGAAACUUAUAACGCGGUUGGGAGAGAAAGGGAGCUGGAACAUGAUAAGUCAAAGUUUUGAGUCCAUAAAAUGUAGAGAAGAUAGAAGAGAUACGAGAGCUAUCUAUGCAGCUUUAGUUGAGAUUGUUGGACAGUUUGGGAGUUUCCAGGACCCCGAGGAACUUGUGGGUAGACUCAAGUCGGAAGGUGUCGCUCCUUCAGCUAAUAUGUUUUGUACUUUGGCUGAUGCAUAUGCUCAACAGGGACUAUGCAAACAGACAGUAAAAGUGCUAAAGAUGAUGGAGAAGGAGGGGACUGAACCAAAUCUGAUUAUGCUGAAUGUUUUGAUCAAUGCGUUUGGAAAUGCUGGGAAGCACAUGGAAGCUCUAUCUAUUUAUCACCAUAUUAAAGAAAGUGGAUUCACUCCCGAUGUGGUUACCUAUAGUACACUUAUGAAAGCAUUCACUAGAGCAAAGAAGUAUGAAAAGGAAUUGGUGGUUAAAAUCGCAGGUUCCAGAAAUAUUCAGGGAAAUGGAAGCCUCUGGGUGUAGUGCAGAUAGGAAAGCAAGACAACUAUUGCAAAAUGCUCUUAUGGUUCUCGACAAAAGACAUUAACUAUUUGGUGCCUCAACCUCUGAUCCGUUAUGGGAAAAAAAGGGCUCCCUUCAACCCUCACCGUGGAAAAAAGGUACUCUUUAUGGAGGGCAUUGUAAUCGUAGAUGAUCACCGAACCAAUGUAUUUCCAAAGUAUGAAUUGGCUGGCUGUGUGCAUCUUCCAACUUUUGAGGCUUCUAUUGUAACAUUCAGUCAGAAUCUGUAAUCGCUAUUUGGGAAUAUUGAAGUAUCAUAUCCGGUUUGCUCUGGUGAUCGUUAGGAACCGGUUAAGUUAAACAAUUGUAUUCAGAUGUGUAUAUAAGCUUUGUACAGAUUGUGUAUGUAAUUCAUUUUUUUUUCCUAAGCACUUGCACACUUCA